UAAUCCGUGUUUGUCAAUCUUGUUAGUUUGCUCGUUCCAUUUCCUUCAUUUGCAUCCGUUAUAAAAACUACGCCGUUAAAAAGUUACCUGUUAUUGUUACUGCUCCCAGAGUGUAAUUGAACCUCAAUUAGUUAACUACAUACAUGGAAAUUAAAACUGCCAUAAACCGCAUACCGGUUGCGGAAGUGGGCUGAGAAUUAAACCCGUUGGAUGCAAAUUCAUUCAUUCUAUUUGCGGAUAAAUUUGUGUUCCAGAAAGCUUGUUGAUCCUCAAAUGUCUAGAAAUGGGAAGACAAAAGUGCGAAAAAGAUUUGGCACAAACGUACCAAUUUCGGCAACCAUGUCUCGGCCUUUAUCUGCAGGGUGGGGUCAAAUCAAUCGCAAUUAUGGAGCUGGGUAUUCAACUAUCAAUGUUGGUCAUUCUUAGUUGCGGAAUACCCGGACAUCUCGUAGCUAUUGAAGGAGAUAAGUUGAAGCAAAAUUGGACAGUGUUUUACAUGCGUUCAGUUAUUUUGACGUAUUACUACUUUUACAUAUGCACUAAUAUUUUCCUGACAAGGAAACUAUACACCGCGGCAGCAACGAGAGAUGUGGAUAAAUUAAUGUCCUGGUUAAUCCCGUCCAUGGUUUUGUACUUGUUCUGGUUUGCGACCCUGCUCUGCCAAACGGUGUACAUUGGCCUGGUCCACAUCACUGGUGCCGCGACCUGGUGGAGUUUCACGACCUACAAGUUAUAUUCCUUCUGGGUCGCGUACUCCUUCAUUCGGGAAAUUAAACGACACGCCGGCCUUAAUUUUAUCCUCCAGAAGUUAACGGACCAAGAAAUUGACGACUUUUUAAAGGGAAGUUCAGCAAUUAUUAAUCAAGAGGAGGAAGGAAAAUCGGAGAAUUUUCAAGAUCAGCCAUACAGAAGAGAGAUUGAAAUAGACAUAAAUCGGGUAAAAUUUGACGACAAGGCUCCACCCCUUGGCAGCGGGGCUUUCGGGAAAGUUCUUAAAGCCCAUCUCCUGCGAGAAGAAGGGAACCCUUUUUCUACACAAGGCGAUGAACCUGUCGCCGUAAAGACCGUGUCCCCCAAUGCUCAUGCGAUCUACUUCAAGGCGCUACUAUCCGAAUUGAAAGUCCUCAGCUAUAUUGGUCGACAUGAAAAUAUUGUGAAUCUAGUUGGUGCAUGCACCUCAGCUUUGGGAGAAAGGCAACUGUUCGUAAUCGUGGAAUUUUGCUCAUACGGAAGCAUGUUAAACUACCUUCGUGGGAAUCGUUGCCGCUUUUCUGACACUACAGCACCAUCUCGACAUUCGCCAUGGGAGGUCGUUGCUUGUGAUUACGUAGCCAUAGAUUUCGACAGUCCAACAACCCUGGAUUUGAUCAAAUGGUCAAUGCAAACUGCCAAAGGGAUGGAGUACAUUGCACGGAAAAAGGUUAUUCAUGGCGACCUGGCUGCAAGAAACGUGCUUCUUACGGGGGACAUGACCGCAAAAAUUUCCGACUUUGGGUUAUCCCACCAACUUUAUGAUUACUCGUACUUCGUACAAGAUGCAGAUAUCCCACUUCCUUGGAAAUGGAUUUCGCCGGAGGGAUUAAAAAGCGCAAAGUUGUCGACGCAAAGUGACGUUUGGUCUUUCGGAAUAACGAUUUGGGAAUAUUUUUCCCUUGGUGCGGUUCCUUACGGUUGUUGGAAAACCUUUACUAACGAAUUUAUUGAUGGAUUGAGGGCAGGAGAUAUCAAGUGUGAACGACCUCCUUACGCAACGGAUGAAAUAUAUCAAAAAAUGUUGCAAUGUUGGGACACAACUGCACAGAACAGGCCUUCCUUCAUUCAGCUUUCAAACUAUUUUGACCAACUUUACCACGAACUCCAGACUUUUCCAGAUACGUUGAGCCAAAUUUCGCAUGCAUGAAUAUUGAAUACUACGCAAUUUUGCGAUGAUAGAUUUCAUCAUGCACCUUAUCUCGAUGAUAAGAGUUAUUUACCUACAAAUGUUACAUAAGCAACAUUGUACGAAAUUACGUAUGCACGUUGGCCUCGGAAAUCACGAACUCUUGCAGAGGAUGAGCUGGCUAACCAUGGGGUGCUCGAAAUUAUGGCAUUUCAAGUCAAUUUUUUUAAUGUCACAAAUUUCUUAAAAAUAAAUAUUUUAGGAAAUACGGUAAAAUUUCA